AUGUUCCUAGUGUUGGAUCCUCACUAUACCGGAGCUGAAGAUCUCAAGACUAUCCUUACAAAAGACCCCAGCAAAUGUGUUAUGAUUAUGCAAAAGCCUAUCAUGCCAUUUUUGUAUGCUCCUGCCUUUUUCUAUAUCUUUGUUCAUAUCCAAGAGCAAGUGAAGAAUCAUGCGCAGAACUUUGAGGAGAUGAAAAUUAUAUUUGAAGGAUAA